UAGACCUUUAACAUGCUACAGACCUUAACUUAACUCUGAAGAACGAGGAACAGCAAAACUCUUGAGACCAGCCACCGCAUUUCCUACAUGAAACAAUAACAAAAAAAUGAGGUCUAAAACAUCAUUCACAAAAACAGAAAUAAGUGACUGAAGAGUAUGGCUGAGUCAAGACCAGAGUUUGUGGUCUCCUUCUUGGAGGAUUUCAAGGAGGAGAUCAUUGCUCGAGCAGAGUGCCCUGAAGCCAUCGUAGAAGCCUGGAUGUCCCAAGAGCUGGUCUCAGACGAGGAGAGGACAGACAUCACCAGUGCUUUAACACCAACAGACCAACUGAGGGCGCUGUUUCACACUGUGGAGAGGGGAACGCCACAGACGCAACACAACUUUUACAAUCUUCUGAAAGAAAAGGAGGCUGAGAUUGUGGCAGAACUGGAGCAAAGAUGCCACAACAACAAGGUCACACAAACAGAGCUAACCUGGACACAGGCCAAACCUGAAAUUAACAUCAAAUCUAAAAAAGAGAAAAUUAUAAGACAGAAACACCUAUUAAAUGAAAUUAUCAGGGAAACUAGAACAAUUUGGGAGGACAGACAGCUUGAGAAGGAGGCUUUCCACAUUUUAAACAAAGCAACCAGAUUAGUGAAAGAGAUCGAACAACUUUGGGAAAAUAUGGAACACGAGGAAAACCAACAGAAGUUAAAAAUGGAUGCAGAUAAACAUUACAUAGACGAGAUGCAUUCAAAUGUCCAACGUGAAAAAAGUCACUUGGAACGAAUCAAAACUGAAAUCCAGACAGAGAAAGCCAAGUUAGAACAAGACAGACAGGCCGCUAAGGCAGAGAUGGAUGAGUUAAACAAUUUAAAGAAACACAUUGAGAUACAAAAUAAAGAGCUCGAUGAGAAGUUAUCUGAUUUAAACACACAGGUACGGGAAAUGGAAGCAGCUAGUGCAGAGGCAGUGUUGAGGAAAAAAGAUCUGAUCAAGACCAUGAAAAUUAAUAAAAUAAAAGAAGGAACCUUGAUUAAAAUGAAGGAGGAGACAGAGCAGGACACGAAAAGUCAAAUCAAAUGGAUCAACUUCCAAAUUAAGAAGAAGGGACGGCAUCUGGACCAGCGGCUGGAGAGGACCAUGAGACAAAGAGAUGAACUGGACAUUAUGAAAAUCAAAAUGGACCGGCAAAGACAGGAGCUGCAGCAGAGAAUGGAGGACAUGGUGAACAAGAUGGUGGUUGUGGCUCGUGUGAAAGAUGGUAUGAAAACAACAGUGGAGGAGUUGGACAGCACCAGAGCAGAGAUGCACGAAGUUCAGAAGGAGGCCAGAGAGAAUCAAGAGCAAAUGAAGCGAUAUGUGGAACUACUGAAAGACCUGAAAGUUAAAGUUGACAGAUGGGUUGCAAAAGAAAAUCAAAAAACACCACUUGUAAGAGUCUAUGUCCAGCCGGAAAACAUGAUGGACAGUGAAGAACGCAACAUCUCUUUAGAGUUGCAGGGAGACAUGUAUGAUGAAACAAUGUCUUUUCAAUAUCAAGAAGAAAUGAUGCGGAAUGAACAAGAAAUUGAAGACAUCCAACAACAAAUCUCUCAACUCAUGGAUGAGGAGGAGACGGUGAGAGGACAAACCAGGUCAGAUAUGGACAACAUGGCGGCUACAAGUGAAGACAUAAAACAGCUGAUCGAAGAAAUAAAUGAACUGCAAAGCCCGGACGCAAAAUUGGAUUCAGAGGACAAAUCAGCAAAGGUAGAAACACAUGGGCUGAUACAGAAAACAGUACGCACAUUUCAAACAUUAUUUACUUCAAUUUGGGGGCAAAAAGAAGAGACAAUAAUUAUACAAGAGACGCACGAACAAGAGGAAAGCGAGGAGAGUGAUUCGAUGGGGGCAGAUGUUGAUGAAGAAUAUUCUGCAAGUGAUAUUCAAAGACUGAGAGAGGAGAUGUACACGACCAUAGAGAUAAUCAGAGCAGUGAAGUUGGAGCUCUGGCCAGAAUCCGAAGACUGUUUUGUGGAGGAAGAGUUUGUCCUUAGCGUUGACACUGAAGUGCUGCUGCAAGAGAUAAAAGAAUUCCAAGAAGUUUUAUUAAUGAUAAGAGACGACAUGAGAAACCUGAAGGAGGAACUGAGCAGCAUCAAGACUUUCAAAAUCACAGCGAAGAAACAACAACGCAACCUGGACAUGAGGUUAGAAAAGAAUAUGAGAGCGAGAGACGAGCUCGACAUUUUGAAACGGAAAGUUCAAAGACAGCACGAAGCCCUUCAACAGAAAAUAGACAGAAUACAACGCGUCAAAGAUAUUGUUGAACGAAUGUCUGAAACGAUACGAAAAAGAAGUGAAGAGCUUGACAGUGUGAUAAAAGAGAAUGAAAUAUUAUUGACAUUGAUACAGGAGCUUUGCGCAAAGUCGCAGGACAAAAAACAAGACAUGGAAACCUUAAAAUUGAGAAUACAAAACGAAUGGAUGAAAAUGCAAUCAGAAAUUAGUAAAAUUAUCAAUAUGAACCAAAUUGUUCAAAAUCAGAAGCAACAACUGGAUAAUAAGAGGCGCUUGACCAAAAAAGAAAUUAAAGAAAUGGAGGUGAUUAAGGCUGAGCUAGAGGUAAGGAGGAGAGAAAGUGAACAGGCUUUCAGAAAGGCUACGAGGAAAAAAGCCGAACUGGAAAAUAUGUGGAUUCAAAUAAGGGAAGAGAGGGAUGCACUGAGAAGAGAAAGCAGUAAACAGAGGAGGGAGCUGGAACAGAGGCUAGAAAGGACGAUGAGAGAAAGAGACGAGCUGGACAUACUGAAAAUAAAGAUGCAGAGACAGAGGGAGGAGCUGUCUAGGGAGAUGGAGGUCAUUAGCAGAGAGAGAGAAAGCAUUCAAAAACAGCUCGCGGUAAUUCAGCAGCACGAGGAAAGAGAAGGUACAACAGAAACAGGAAGUCGGAUAAUGUACGUUCAUGAGUUUGUUGGCGAGUUUUAUAAUGUGAAGAAAAACAUUGACAGAGGGUUUGAGAUGGUCGCGAUGGAGAUUACAGAAGUUUUCGAAAACGUUAAAAUUGAGUGGCGAAAGCAGCUGGAAAACUUACAGGAAAUCCAUUUGGAAAGGAAGAACAUAAAGGACAAAAUGGACAGAAUCAAAUCUCUGCUUUGUGUAAUCCAAGAGCAAAGAAGUUCCCAAGACAGAUCAGAGAACGAGGAGAGUCGUAAACGAAAAGCAGAAUUGGAUUUCACUUUACAGAAGGUGCAAAGGGAAAUGAGAGAGAUGGAAGUUUUGAAAUCAGAACUGGAGUUGACAAGGAAAGAAAAUGAAAAAUUAGUCAAAAAAGGAAUAAAGAAAGAACAAAAUGUAAAGGCGUUGUGGGCUGAACUUGAGGUAGAGAAGGAUGCUCUGAUGAAGCGGAGGAUAGAAGUAGAGCAAAAAUGGGAGAGUGUGAACCAAGAAAAGGAUCAGUUAGAAAUAAUGAAACUGCUACUACAACAAAAUGAAAACACAAAGGAUCUAAUAUCUUCAAUUGAAUCAUACAAUAAGAUCAAAAUGUGUGCAGAAAAGAUGAAGAAUGUGAAACAGUACUUUGAAAAAAUAAUUGACGCUUUCGAGAUGGAAAGCAAACGCCUUACAGAUCAGACCGGCUUUCUAAACACGACUAAAGAGGAAGUGGAGAAAAUCAAAAUGGAGAUUAGACGACAAAAAGACAUACUGAUUAAUGUAACAAAGCUAAUGCAUGAAAAGCAGAUUUAUUGGACCCAAGUCGAGGCAGAAAUUGAGAAUGAAAAGCAGAGAAUUGUGAAAAAUUUUGAAGAGUUGGAGAAGGAAAGGGAAAUUUUCAAAAAGCAGACUGCAAUGUUCGAAGUUGACAAAGCAAAAAUAACAAGUGAGGAAAUUGGGACCCUGGGUUUUGAUGAUGGAACUGAAAGAGUGUUAAAACUUGAGAAAGGUGCAGUCCAGAUGGAGCAAGAAAGAGCUGAGAUUCAAUCUGAAAAGCGAGAUAAUUUGUCAGAGGAAAUAAAAGCUUUGCCAGUGGAGGAUGGUGAAAACCUAAUGAAAAUCAAAGCUGAAAUACAACAAGAACAGGAGGAGCUGGCUAGAUUCAGAGAGACAAUUGAAAAAGAGAAAUCAGAGUUGGAUUUAAUGAAGUUAGACACGCAAUUACAGAUGGCUCUGAUUGAACAAAGCAAACAGAAUAUAAAAGCGGAAAUCGAGCUACUCAUUGCCGCAAAGGCAGAGAUGGAGAACAAAAGGCAACACAUUGACAAGCUCCUAGAUGAGAUAAACUGUGAAAAAACCCGCGUUAAAGAUCUGUCACUUCAGAUUAGCGAAGCAAAAGAAAAAUUGGGGAAAUUCCAACUGACUGCGUUGGAACAGAAAGACAAAGAGGAGGAUCAAGAAGAAAUGAAGAUGGCUUUAAUCUCGGAGACAGAACAAUUCAAAGAUCUCAUUAGGGCACUCAGUAUGAUGAAAGCCGAGGCUGAAAAGGCCAUUAAACACACCAGGGAGGAGAAUGAACAGCUUAAUACAACGAGGAGAGACGUUGAAGACAAACGACAGAUGUUGGUGCAAGAAAAGGAAAGAAUAACUGUUCAACUGCCAAUGCUGAGAAUUCACUUGAGAGAAAAAUGUGAACAGGUCAUGAAAAAUAAAAAUGAGGACGUCAAAUUCAAAAUACAAGUAACAGAGCAAAAACAAGAAGAUGUUGACAAGUUAUGCGAUGGACUGCGAAAGAAUCAAGAAAAGUUUGAACAACAGAAAAUCAAAAUUGCGAAGUGUGUCGAUCAAGUUGGUAAAGAAAAGCAGCGAUUGGUGAGUUUGAAGCAAAAAGAAGGAAAAUCUAAAAUGGAUGUAACUGAAAUGGUUGAGGAAUUGCCUUCAGUGAGUGAGAUAUUAGACAGAAAAGCUGAAUUAGAAUGCACAUUGACAAAUCUUCACCAAAUGGAAGAGGAUAUUAGAAGUUCUCUGUCAGAGAUCAAAACUGAGAAGGCCAAUCUCCAAGUUCUGGCCAAUGAAGUUCAAGCACAAAAGGACACACUUCAAAAGAUUGUCACCGCUACAAAACAAAAGGGACGGAAAGGCAGUAAGCUACUUCGAGACGAUAGACAAGUUGAAAGAAAAUUAUCUGAGUUCAAAAUCAAAGAAGAGAAACUUGAAAUCAUGAAAAUAAAAUUAACAGAAAUUGCAGAACGAAUUUGCGGAGAUGUGGAAGAAAAACUCAACAAAUUAGAUCAACAAAGUGAAAAUGUAAAAAGUUUAAAUGUUUCAGUGGAGCGGACUUACACCAAUCUGAAUGAACAGCAAGAAGUGAAAAACUUGAAAGCAACAUUGCGCAGAGAAACGAAAACAAUUAAAAGCUUAAUUUCUGCACUGAAGGCACAAAAGGAACAACUGGAAUCUGCUGUUCAACCUGACAUCUUAAAAGAAAGAAAUGAUCUUGAAAAACUGAAAACUCAACUAAAACAGGAGAGAGAAAGUCUGGAUUUGGAAAAAGAAAAGAUGGAUAGAGAAAGAAUGGAAAUGGAGACGAUGAGAGGCGACAUUGACAGAAAACUCAACCUUGUGAAGCUACUAAAACAGGAAAAAACAAAAGUUGAGAGCUUGGAAAAAGAAUCAAGACAUGCAGCAGAAGAAGUGGAAAAUGUGAAACCUGAAAUGGAUCUAGUUGCCAUAAAAACGGAAAUAUCAGACAGUGAAAUGCCUGAAAGGAUGGUAGACAUGAGACCAGUAAUCAAUACAGUGCAAAGUGUUCAACAACUAACUCAUAAACUGCUUUCGGAAAUACAAAACAAAAUGGGUCGAAUUGAGGAAUUACAGAUAGUAUUUGAACAAAAGCAAUCACAACUUAAUAAACAAUCGGAAAAAGUAUCUGGAGAUGCAGAGGUGUUCAGAAGAGAUGUACAAAGUCUGCAAAGUGUCAUUUCAGACAUGAUUGAGAGACAAAAGAAAGAGUCCGAAAAGAUGAUUCAUGAAACUUUGGACAGAGAAUUCGUGAAAGCUGAAAAUAUUUUGAUGAAUUCUGAGCAAAUAAAGACAUUGGAACAUAUUCAGAAAUCUAUAAGAAAAGAACAAGAUGAACUGAGACAGACUGCAAACAAGCUUAAAGAAAAUAAAGAAAAUAUUAGCAGUUUGAUCGCUGAAACUACUAAAGAGAAAAGUUCAGUUCAAACACUGGCCAAUCUAGUGCAGAGAGAAAAGGGGCGUUUUCAGAAUAUUUUGAGUAACGUACAAAAGACAGCUCAAGAUACAUGUCAAGAUAAGGCGACACAAACAGAGGAAGAGGCAGCUAGAACAACAGAAGAAGAGCAAAGAAUGGAGAAAGAUGGACGAAAAAGCCAGACAUAUCAAAAACAAGACACAUUUCAAACUGUGAGUGAAAAAUGUCUUAAACUGGAGAACAGAAUGGAACAAAUACAAGCAUGCAAAGCUCUAGAAAAUAAAUGUGUAGAACUUGGUCAAGAAAAACAAAACAUAGUAGCAUUCAGUGAAGUGUUGAAAACCGAGAAGACAAGUUUAAGCGGUAAAAUAUCCGACAUACUAAAACAUAUACAAGGAAAAAAGGGGUUGAAAGCCACGGUUGUCUCUACUGAACCACAAACUGUCAUUCCAAAACAGGAACAAAUGGUAUCUGAUAUCAACCAACAAUAUGCUACACUGAAAAAGCACAAUGAAGAUAUGAUAAAGCACUGUAAGAAGUUGGAGGCAUAUAGAGCAGAAAUACAAGACAAGAGAGAACGACUGAACCUUCUGUUCAAUGAGGUAACAACAGAGCAAAGCAAGAUUAAAGAUUUGGCAAGUGAUGUUCAAAAUGUGAAGAAAGGUUUAAAUGAUUCCGUAGAACUGAUUCAAACUGGAAAUCUACAGGAAAUACAAAACUUAAAGGAGAAAUUGGAUGAGGAGAAGAAAGAAUUUGAACUUUUAAGGCAAGAUCACGAUCGAAAGAGACAAGAGACUGAAGCUGCCAUGAAAAGUGUUCAUGAAGAGAGACAAAAACUAGACGAAAUGAAAAUUUGGUUAAACAAGGAAUGCGAAGAGCUGAAGAAUGAAAAAGACAAAUUUAACUCAGAAAAACAAGACCUAAAACUCAUAGAGGUAACACUGAAAAAGCACAAUGAAGACAUCACAAGGUAUUCCAAAAAGCUGGAAGCAGACAAGGUAGAGUUACAAAACAAGAAAGAACGAGUGAACCUUUUGUUUAAUGAGGUAACAACAGAGCAAAACAUAAUUAAAGAUUUGGCAAGUGACGUUCAAAAUGUGAAGAAAGGUUUAAAUGAUGCCGUAGAACUGAUUCAAACUGGAAAUCUGCAGGAAAUACAAAAUUUAAAGGAGAAAUUGGAUGAGGAGAAGAAAGAUUUUGAACUUUUAAGGCAAGAUCACGAUCGAAAGAGACAAGAGACUGAAGCUGCCAUGAAAAGUGUUCAUGAAGAGAGACAGAAACUUGAAGAAAUGAAGAUUCACUUAAACAAGGAACAAGAAGAUCUGAAGAAUGAAAAAGACAAAUUGAACUCAGAAAAACAAAAUCUACAACUCAAAGAGGCUAUGCUGACAAAACACAAUGAAGACAUCACAAAGUAUUCCGAAAAGCUGGAAGCAGACAAGGUGGAGCUACAAAACAAGAAAGAACAAGUGAACCUUUUGUUUAAUGAAAUAACGACAGAACAAAGCAAGAUUAAAGAUUUGGCCAGAGAUGUUCAAACAGUUAAGAAAAGUUUAAAUGAUUCCACAAGUGAAAAUCUACAGGAAAUACAAAACUUAAAGGAGAAAUUGGAUGAGGAGAAGAAAGAAUUUGAACUUUUAAAACAGAAUCUCAGUGAAAGGACAGAAGAGACUGAAGCUGCCAUGAGAAGUGUUGAUGAAGAGAGACAGAAACUAGAAGAAUUUAAAAUUUGGUUAAACAAAGAACAAGAAGAUUUGAAGAAUGAAAAAGACAAAUUUAACUCAGAAAAACAAGACCUAAAACUCAUAGAGGCUACACUGAAAAAGCACAAUGAAGACAUCACAAAGUAUUCCAAAAAGCUGGAAGCAGACAAGGCGGAGUUACAAAACAAGAAAGAACAAGUGAACCUCCUGUUUAAUGAAAUAACGACAGAGCAAAGUGUGAUUAAAGAUUUGGCAAGUGACGUUCAAACUGUUCAGAAAAGUUUAAAUGAUUCCAUAGAAAUUAUUCAAAGUGGAAAUCUACAGGAAAUACAAAAAUCAAAAGAUGAAGUGGAUGGGGAGAAGAAAGAAUUUGAACUUUUGAGACAGGAUCUCAAUGAAAAGAGAGAAGAAACAGAAGCUGCCAUGAGAAGUGUUCAUGAAGAGAGACGGAAACUAGAAGAAGUUAAGAUUUGCUUAAACAAGGAACACGAAGAUCUGAAGAAUGAAAAAGACAAAUUGAACUUGGAAAACAAGACCUCCAAACUCAGAGAGGAUCAACUGAUGGAAAAUAUGAAGUUUAUGGAAAAGUUCAGAGACAGACUCAAACAAAUUAACUUUGAACGCAAACUACAAAAUAUAGACAAAAUGGAAAGGAGUGUGCAGGAUUUAUUCAGCAAAUUGCUUACAGACUUACAAAGAAAUAAAGACCAGAGUGAAGACAUAAAGAGGUGCAUUAGCUCAAUACAGAGUACAAGGUUUGAACUGUUGAGUCGGUCAAAAGAAGAGAAGAUAAUUCCUGAAAAGCAAAGUGUGGAAACACAAAUUAGACAGCCAGAAGAAAUCAAAGAAAAAGCAAAUCUGGAAAAGUUUGAAGCAAGGACAGAGAUGCUCAUGUUAAAACAACUUGGUGAAGACAUGAUGAGGGACAAAGGUUUGAUCAAAAAGACAAAAGAUGAGCUCUUAAAGCAGAAGGAACAUAUUGACAAUUACCUAAAGGAGGUAGAUACAGAGAAGACCAAACUCCAAGAAAUGGCCAGUCACAUUGAAUCUCAAAAACUACAGCUUGAGAAGGUCGUCCAAGAAUUACAAAGGAAACAAAGUGAAAUAGAGACACAGCAAAAAGAAUUGAAUGUCUCUAAAGAGUUGUUGAAGGCUGAUCAAGAAGAAGUGAUGAUGCUGAGAAAUGACCUACUACGAAAAAGACAAGAAAUCGAUGCAGACAAUCAGCAGCUCCAAGAAACCAGACAGACUUUACAAACUGAAAAACAACAACUGGAAGAUCAAAUAAAGGAAUUUAAAAGGAAAAGAGAAGAGACUGAGAGUUUCGGUGAAGAAAAACUACAGUUUCACAAAAUGGAGACAGAAAUGGAAAUGCAAGAAGAGGAUAAGCAGCAUGAACCAAGCAAACUGAGACCCCAAGAAGAACAAGAGUUGAGGCAGGGCGAGACGGAGGCACAAAUGAAUAAGAUGUUGGAAGUGAGGCAACUGGAAGAACUGAAGAAGGAUAUGGACAGAGGAGAACAAGAAACCAAUGAAGUGAUGAAACGUAUCAAUGAAGAAAAACUACAGCUAGAAGAAAACAGAAGACUGUUACAAGUAGAAAGAGAAACACUGAAUGUAUUGAUGGCACAGCUGGAAGAUAAAAAAACAGAAACUGAAGCUGCCACAAAACGUGCUGAAGAGGAGAAAGAGCAGCUUUACAAAGCAAAAGAAGAGUUUGAAUUACAAAGACAGGAAAUACAGCAGCAACAAGACAAGCUAAAACAUAAGGAGGAUGAACUUAAACAACAAGAGAUGGAGACACAAAUAAAUAUGAUGAAGGAAGUGGGGCGGCUGGAAGAACUGAAGAAGGAUAUGGACAGAAGAGAACAAGAAACCAUCUCAGCUAUGAGACUUAUCAAUGAAGAAAAACAACAGCUUGAAGAAAACAGAAGACAAUUACAAGUUGAAGCAGAAACAGUGAAAAUACUGAUAGCAGAGAUGGACUAUAAGAAAAUGGAAGUUGAAAUUGCCAUGAAACUUAUUGAAGAGGGGAAAAAGCAGGUUGAGAAAACAAAAGAUGAGCUGGAAUUACAGAGAGAGGAAUUAAAGCAUCAACAAGACAUGUUAAAACAGAAGGAGGAGGAGCUUAAAAAACAAGCAGUAGAGAUUCAAAUGAAUACACUGAAGGAAGUGGUACAAUUAGAAGAACUGAAAAAAGAUAUGGACAGAAGAGAACGAGCAGCCAAUGAAACAAUAAGACUUGAAAAGUUGGAGGUUGAAAACGCCCUGAAACUUGUUGAAGAGGAGAAAGAACACCUUUACAAAACAAAAGAUGAGUUGGAAUUACAAAGACAGGAAAUACAGCAUCAACAAGAGAAGCUGAGACAUAAGGAGGAAGAGCUAAACCAACAAGAGGUGGAGACACAAAUGAAAACAAUGAAGGAAGUGGGACGUUUGGAAGAACUGAAGAAGGAUAUGGACAGAAAAGAACAAGAAACCAAUGACGCGAUGAGACGUAUCGAUGAAGAAAAACAACAGCUUGAAGAAACCAGAAGACAUUUACAAGCUGAAAGAGAAACAGUCAAAGUACUGAUUUCAUAUAUGGAGGAUAAAAAAGUGGAAAUUCAAAAUGUCAUGAAACUGAUUGAAGAGGAGAAAGAAAGCCUUAACAAAACUAAAGAUGAGUUGGAAUUACAAAGACAGGAAAUACAGCAUCAACAAGACAAGCUAAAACGUGAGGAGGAAGAUCUUAAACAACAAGAAGAGGAGACUCAAAUAAAUAAUAAGAAGGAAGUGGGACGACUAGAAGAACUGAAGAAGGAUAUGGACAGAAGAGAACAAGAAACCAAUGACACAAUGAGACUUAUCAACGAAGAAAAAAUACACCUAGAAGAAAACAGAAGACAAUUACAAGAUGAAAGAGAAACAACCGAACUACUGAAGGCAGAGGUGGAGGAUAAAAAAGUGGAAGUUGAAACUGCCUUGAAACUUGUUGAACAAGAGAAAGAACAGCUUUAUAAAACAAAAGAUGAGUUGGAAUUACAAAGACGGGAUAUACAGUACCAGCAAGACAAGCUAAAACGUAAAGAGGAAGAGCUUAAACAACACGAGGUGGAGACACAAAUAAAUAUGAUGAAGGAAGUGGGACGACUGGAAGAACUGAAGAAGGAUGUGGACAGAAAAGAACGAGAAGCCAAUGCAGAAAUGAAACGUAUCAAUGAAGAAAAACGACAGCUUGAAGAAAACAGAAGACAAUUACAAGCUGAAAAAGAAACAGUCAGUGUAUCGAAGGCACAGAUUGAGGAUAAAAAAGUGGAAGUUGAAAACACCAUGGAACUUGUUGAAGAGGAGAAAAAGCAACUUUACAAAACAAAAGAUGAGUUAGAAUUGCAAAGACAAGAAUUACAGCAUCAACAAGACAAGCUAAGAUGUAAGGAGGAAGAGCUUAAACAACAAGAAGUGGAGACACAAAUAAAUACGAUGAAGGAAGUGGGACGAUUGGAAGAAAUGAAGAAGGAUAUGGACAGAAGAGAACAAGAAACCAUCUCAGCAAUGAGACUUGUCGCUGAAGAAAAACGACAGCUUGAAGAAAACAGAAGACAAUUACAAGUUGAAAGAGAAGCAACCAAAGUACUGAAGACAGAGGUGGAGGAUAAAAAAGUGGAAGCUGAAACUGCCAUGAAACUUGUUGAAGAGGAGAAAGAACGCCUUUACAAAACAAAAGAUGAGUUGGAAUUACAAGGACAGGAAUUAAAGCAUCAACAAGACAAGCUAAGAUGUAAGGAGGAAGAGCUUAAACAACAAGAGGUGGAGGCACAAAUAAAUAUGAUGAAGGAAGUGGGACGAUUUGACGAACUGAAGAAGAAUAUGGACAGAAGACAACGAGAAACCAAUGUAGCAAUGAGACUUACCAAUCAAGAAAAACAACGACUUGAAGAAAACAGAAGACAAUUACAAGCUGAAAAAGAAACAGUCAAAGUAUUGAUGGCACAGGUGGAGGAUAAAAAAAUUGAGGUUCAAAAUGCCAUGAAACUUAUUGAAGAAGAGAAAGAGCAGCUUUACAAAACAAAAGAUGAGUUGGAAUUACAAAGGCAGGAAAUACAGUACCAGCAAGACAAGCUAAAACAUAAAGAGGAAGAUAUUAAAGAGCAAGAGGUGGAGACACAAAUAACUAAGAUGAAGGAAGCUAGACGAUUGGAUGAACUGAGAAAGGAUAUGGACAGAAGACGACGAGAAAUCAAUUCAGCUUUGAGACUUAUCAAAAAAGAAAAACUACAGCUAGAAGAAAACAGAAGACAGUUACAAGAUGACAGAGAAACAACUACGGUAUUAAAAGAACAACUGGAGGAUAAAAAAGUGGAAGUUGAAACUGCCUCAAAACUAGUUGAAGAGGAGAAAGAAAGCCUUUACAAAACAAAAGAUGAGUUGGAAUUACAAAGACAUGAAAUACAGCAUCAAAAAGACAAGCUAAAACGUAAGGAGGAGGAGCUUAAACAACAAGAGGUCGAGGCACAAAUAUUUAAGAAGAAGGAAGUGGGACGAUUGGAAGAACUGAAGAAAAAUAUAGACAGAAGAGAACAAGAAACCAAUGAAGCGAUGAGACUUAUCGAUGAAGAAAAACGACAGCUUGAAGAAAACAGAAGACAAUUACAAGUUGAAAGAGAAACAGUCAAAGUAUUGGUGGCACAGACGGAGGAUAAAAAAUUGGAAAUUGAAAAUGCAAUGAAACUUGUUGAACAGGAUAAAGAGAAACUUUACAAAACAAAAGAUGAGUUGGAAUUACAAAGACAGGAAUUAAAGCAUCAACAAGACAAGCUAAAACGCAAGGAGGAAGAGCUUAACCAACAAGAGGUGGAGGCACAAAUAAAUAAGAUGAAGGAAGUGGGGCGACUGGAAGAACUGAAGAAGGAUGUGGACAGAAGAGAACAAGAAACCAAUUCAGCUAUGAGACUCAUCAACAAAGAAAAACAACAGCUUGAAGAAAACAGAAGACAGUUACAAGUUGAAAGAGAAACAACAAAAGCAUUGAAGGCACAGAUGGAGGAUAAAAAACUGGAAGCUGAAGACACCAUGAAACUUAUUGAAGAAGAGAAAGCACAGCUUUACAAAACAAAAGAUGAGUUGGAAUUACAAGGACAGGAAUUACAGUACCAGCAAGACAAGCUAAAAUGUAAGGAGGAAGAGCUUAAACAGCAAGAAGUUGAGAUACAAAUAAAUAUGAUGAAGGAAAUGAGACGACUGGAAGAGUUAAAGAAGGAUAUGGAUAGAAAAGAACGAGAAACCAACUCAGCUAUGAGACUUAUCAACAAAGAAAAACGGCAGCUUGCAGAACACAGAAGACAAUUACAAGUUGAAAGAGAAACAACAAAAGCAUUGAAGGCACAGAUGGACGAUACAAAAGUGGAAGCUGAAACUGCCAUGAAACUUGUUGAAGAGGAGAAAGAACAUCUUUACAAAACAAAAGAGGAGUUGGAAUUACAAAGACAGGAAAUACAGUACCAGCAAGACAUGCUAAAACAUAAGGAGGAAGAGCUUAACAAACAAGAGGUUGAGACAAAAUUAAAUAUGAUGAAGGAAGUGGGGCGGCUGGAAGAACUGAAGAAGGAUAUGGACAGAAGAGAACAAGACACCAACUCAGCUAUGAGACUUAUCAAUGAAGAAAAACUACAGCUUGAAGAAACCAGAAGACAAUUACAAGCUGUAAGAGAAGCAACCAAAGUAUUAAAGGCACAGAUGGAGAAUAAAACAUUGGAGGUGGAAAACGCCAUGAGACUUGUUAAAGAUGAAAAAGAACUCCUUUACAAAACAAAAGAUGCAUUGAAAGAUUUAGAGAGAAAACAACAAGAAGCAGAGGCAGCCAAGAGACAAAUCACUGAAUACAAAGAGCAGCUUCAGCAAAUAAGGGAAGAAGUUUUCAAAAUGAGACAAGUUCAGCAACAAAAAGGCACAGAACAAGUGGAAGUGGUUCAGAAAAGUUCAGAUCUGGAGUUUGCUUGGGAGGAGAUCAGAGAGCAGAGACAGCAGCUCAGUUUAAAGAAUGAAACUUUGGAAUUGGACAGGCUAAAGCUACAGAAACAACAGGAGCAGAUGGACACAGACCUGAAGAUAAGACAAGACCAGCUCUGCACCGUGACAGGGCAUCUGAGCCAUCUAAGAGAACUCCUCCAACACAACAGGAGCAUGUUACAACUACAUACACAAGACAUAGGCAAACUGAGGCAGAAGCUCACAGCUCUGGACCAGGAUAGAGACAAGAUGGCCAACUGCAUUCAGUUGUUUCAGAGGCACAAAAACAAUCUUAAAGACACAAUGACUCUCUUCACUGGACAAAAGCAAAAACUUCUACUAGAGAAACAGCAGGCAGAGACACUGAGCUCAGAAGUGAAGCAGCAGAAACAGGAGCUGGAUCAAGAGAAGGACAAGAUAGACAAAGAGAAAGACGAGAUACAAAAGAUGACGGCUGAUGUCCACGCAGUUGUGAAGAGGGUUCAACAAACUGAAGAGAAGAUUCAAAAAUCUGUUGAGACAUUAUUUUCCUUCAAAAUCGAGUGUCAAUCACAAUUUGCAAAUUUGGACAGUAUCCUUGCUGAGAUAAAGAAGAAGAGAAACAAGAUGUCCGACAUUUACAUGCAAAGAGAUCAACUUAAACAUACCAUAAGUACUUUGGUUUUCAAGCUCAAAGAACAAAAGCUACAAGAUGAGAGUUCACCAAAUCAAGCAGAACAGUUGAAAAUGGAGCUAACUCAGAUAAAAGAAGAGAAAGAGGCAGCCAUGGAAGCAAUCAAAGCAGAGAGACAACAGUUAAAUGAAAUUAAGACAAAAAUAAACCUGGAGAAACAAAGACUUAUGGAAGAAAAACAAAAUAUUCAAACAGAAAUGUCUGAAAUUCAAUCCAAGAAAGAAGAGUUUUUAAAAUCAAAUAACAUCGUAAAGGAGAAAUUGCAAACGUUCACAGAAAAAGCUUGGGACAAGGUCAACCAUCAAAUGAACACUUUACAAAAUAAUAAUCAGAAUGUGCCUGAAGCUGUGUUCAGAGUUGGAACAAAAAUUGAAAGAUGUUGA